CAGAACAACUGCACUUCCACACCCAAUGACCUGAGCUAUGGGCAAACGUACGGCUCCAGAUGCCGAACUCAAGGCGUCGCAUGACGCGCGACAUGUCAAGAGGCAGCGGGUCGAAAACUCAGCGGAGCGGAACUCGCCUCGUCCCAGCAAUGCGACCGUGGAAGUGACGAGUGCGCGACAGCUGCAGAAGGCGCUGGUGUUUGAUCAGGGUGCGGCUUCUGGGUUUCGGAGCGGUCUCACGCUGCUCAAGGGAUUCCUGGAUUCCAUCCUCUACUCAACCGACCACGAUGACCUCCCCCGCAAGCGAGCGAUAUUACGCGAAUACCUCGAUUCCCAGAAAUCCAGGAUCAAUGGCGAGAAAAACGUCGUCUUCCUCCCGGAUUUCUUCCAGGCCUGGGAUUUCGCUGCCGAAACCAACUUCGAUAUGCUGCUCUCCCAGGUUACCGCGAAUCUUGCGCUCCUGCUCAAGGUCUGCGCGAGCACUCCAGAUCUCCUCGAGUACGGUGCUUUGCUUUGCAAGUCAGUGUUGAACGUCUCGGUAGCGAAGAGGAUCAAUCGGAGUUUGUCUGCUCCGGCGCACAAGGAAAAUGUCAUCUCUCCAGUCCUUCGGCUCCUCACGGAGAUGACGAGGUUCAAUGAAGGUGCCCAUGCGAAGGCAGUGUACUCGAAACGGGACUUUACUCUCGAUCCCAAGAUCCUGACGAGAAAUAUCGCGUUGUGGAAGGAUUAUAAGGCCGACGUGGAGGCAGAGAAACGGAAACCGAGCAUCAGGACGCAUGCGGUUCGGUAUCUGCUCGCGCAUUUGACGUACCAGGAUGAGGUCGAUAAGACGGAGAUCCUGUCGAAUUCGAUCGUUGUGCGGGCUGUGUUUACCCAUUUGCAUGCUGAUCCGCCGGCUCUCAUAUUCGACAUUCUGAACACCUUUGAGAAUCACGUUUUUCUGGAUAAGGCUAUCAUGCGAAUCACGAAGAGCCGGAUUGUCACCGGUAAGACUCUGUCCGAUAUAUCCAAGCUUUACAGAUACGAGGCGAGUGAAGAGGAGGGUUCCGAAGCUAUUGCUGAGCGAGCGCACAAGUUUCUGUGUAUGAUCUGCACGUCUCCCGCCCAUGGAGUCAUGCUUCCAUCAUACGGCUAUUAUCCUCCUCCAAACGAAGACGACGACGAAGAUCUCAUUAUGGAAGACGCUGGGGAACCUGCGUACUGGGCUAUUGAUGCUGCGGAAACACAAAUGGGCCGUGUCAGAAACGUUAUCCUUGGGGAGUUCAUACAAUCACUACGUCCUCAUGCCAGCGUACUUCAGCAAGAACUCCUCCUCACCAUCCUCAAAGUCUGCCCUGAGCUUGUUGCCGCGUACUUCUUCCAAAAGGAAGCUUUCAACUACGAGCCGAAACUUACAUCCACCUGGAUAGGAUAUACUGCUUUCUUGCACCAGGCCAUCGAGCUGCCUAUACCCAAAUACUUUGGCGGAAAGGACGCGUAUCGGCCUAGUCCGCCUGCAGUAUCGUCCGUUAUCCAAAGCAUCCUGCCUCAGCCACUCACCCAACAAGUCUUGACGAAGUGUCUGAACAGCAGCACCGACUUGAUCAACCUGUUCGCUAUCCGGUUGCUUACUGUCGCUUUUCACAAACUUCGGUCUGUUUUGCAGGAGUAUUCUGCUGCUUCCGCAUCGAAAGUGUCGCGGGCUUGGAGAGAUGGGAGUACCCGGUUGGUCGCCGAAUUUUGUCGCAGAUGUCCGCCCAUGAAGGUCAUUAUUCAGGCAUUUCGCCGCCCCACAUUUCAGAAGGAUAUGAUGCGAGAGGCUAUCGUGAGGCUGCUUCGUCUCUAUUACGAGGUUAUUCCACUGGUUGCGCUUCAGGAGAAAUUUGACGUGUCCGUUCCGCUCUGUAAUGCUCUGUUGCAAGCAGACAAGCCAUCAGAGAGCCAUGAGGACAAGGCCUUCAGGGUGUUGGAGCUGGAGCACUGGCUGCAGGUUGCGCGGCGCUCGUCCUCCAUACGCUGGUGGCAGAAGAAUAAAUCCUUGCCAAACUCCCCCUUCACCGUGCUUUUGAAGCUUGUCGCAACCUCGCACGAGGGAGAAAUGUACGAAGGUGUCAAAUCGCUCCUUAGCGCCAUUCAGCAGGAUCAGGAUAUGCUUCAGAUGAGGACACAUCCAACCGCCCUGGAUGCUGUUAUUGCUAGCCUUGCACCGUCAUGCGGCUCUUCGGCGCCACCGACGCAGAUACUCGAGUUCCUGGACGACUGCUGUGCACGGUUCGUCAGAAGUCCCAUUAAGUACCUCGACGACUUGGAUACAAUGCGCUUCCGUCUACUGGAGAAGGAUGGGAACACCGGUUCCUUUGCACCUUUCAGCCCACAGUCCGACCUUCCCUUCAGCCCUUUACUCAUGACCCUGGUCGAACAAUGGCCGUUCAAAGGAGGCAAACCUGAGAAAGGCAACCCGGCUGAGCCGCUGGCUCAAUGGCUUGCGAAGCUCCUGUACCUGUUGAAGUUGGUAGGGGAGGACGAAACUUUGCUCGAAGCUGUGCGCGAUUCGCUCGUUUCCUCAGCCGACCCAGCGUACCAGCAGGUUCUUAAAGACUCUUUCUCGUGGAAGAUGGCCAAGGAGAAGGCUAAGGAGGCACUGAAGUCAGCUACUGGAGCGGAUUUCAGCGGCUCCGAGAGAUCGAAUAGUACUUCUGUCCAACCGGAGCAAGCAAGUGACCUAAGGACGGAGGCUGCCAGUGUGGACCUAAUGCUGCCACCUGAAGAGGAUGAGAAGCAUGCGGGACUCAACCGUUGGAGAAGAAAAGAGAUAGACGAAGCUAUUGAUGAUGGGGAUGUUGGAGAGUUGCUGCUGUGUCUUUGUUCGAAGCACACCGAGAUUCGCUUGCAAGCUGUCAGCAAUAUUCAGCAGUUGAUGGCCAAAAUCGACGCGAGCGGAGAUGAACACUUGCUCCAACACAAGAUUCUCCUCGGCGAAGUCCUAGAAACAGCGACCCCUAUUGUGAACAACUCGCCAUUUCCCUAUGUCGGAGGCGUAUUCGCGGCCCGGUGUGUCCCCGUACUAGCCGACCCCUCGCACUUCAUGUUUGUCAAAGUAAACACCUUCCUCAUGAAGAGACCGGAAUGGACGGUCGAGAAUCUUCCACGGUACUGGGGAAGAAACACGAUCACUACAGAAGCGACCGAUGACGGUUCUUAUCACAGAGAGGUAGAUUGGUACUUGGACUACCUGUUCGACUCUCUGCGAACUCCCGAGGACAUGGAGAUCUUCAGGACAAGAAAUGUGUUUGAAAGACUGCUUACGCAUUACGCUUCAGCAUCUUGUUCGGCGGCUGCGAAGGAGAGAAUCAUUAAGUUGUUGUUGAGAGCGGCGGCGGUGGGAGGGAGUACGACGCUGGUUACUAGGUGUGGAGUGGUGGAUUGGAUUAAGAUGAGGUUGGACGAUAAUGAUCGCAAUAGUCAGAUGUUGAGGUUGGUGGCGAAGAGGAUUUGGGAGACGUUUGAUAAGGAGAAGGUGGAGAUUUGGAGUGGGGGAACUAUGGAGAGGUGUAUGGGCCCUGUUUUGGUAGAUUCUCUGGCUUGAAGGGAGAGUAUUCACGGUUAGGAGCGAGCGGAGUAUAUCGGACAACUCAAGAGACUUCGUAGCGGAGCAUCAAUAAGGUUACUUGC